GCGCCCUUUAAAAGCCUUGGCCAGAGAUAAGCGCGUGGGGGUAGCAGGUGUGGGUUCCCGGCCAGUGCAGGCAGAGCCGCGCCUGCACCUCAGCCAUGAUGUCCAGCCAGGCAGAUAUCUCUGUGUGCACCCUGGAGUGCAGUAGUAGCAAAGGGAAGGAGCCCAGCGUGGGGCGCUGGUGGCGUGGGGCCUGGUACGAGCGCUUCGUGCAGCCCUGUCUGGUGGAACUUCUGGGCUCUGCCCUCUUCAUCUUCAUCGGCUGCCUGUCGGUCAUUGAGAAUGGACAGGACACAGGGCGGCUGCAGCCGGCGCUGGCCCACGGGCUGGCCUUGGGCCUUCUCAUCGCUACGCUGGGGAACAUCAGUGGUGGACACUUUAACCCUGCAGUGUCCCUGGCGGCCACGCUGAUCGGAGGGCUCAACCUGGUGCUGCUUCUCCCGUACUGUAUCUCCCAGAUGUGUGGGGGGAUGAUUGGGGCUGCCUUGGCCAAGGCGGUGAGUACUGAAGAGAGGUUCUGGAAUGCAACUGGAGCAGCCUUUGUGACAGUCCAGGAGCCCUGGCAGGUGGGGGGCGCCGUGGUGGCAGAGAUGAUCAUGACCACCAUCCUGGCGCUGACUGUAUGCAUGGGCGCCAUCAACGAGAGGACGCAGGGACCACUGGCCCCAUUCUCCAUUGGCUUUUCCGUUACAGCAGACAUACUGGCAGGAGGUGCUGUGUCUGGUGCCUGCAUGAAUCCUGCCCGGGCCUUUGGACCUGCAGUGGUGGCCAACUACUGGACCUACCAAUGGAUCUACUGGGUGGGCCCACUCCUGGCCAGCUUGCUUGUGGGGCUGCUCAUCAGGUUCUUCAUUGGAGAUGCGAAAACCCGCCUGAUCCUAAAGGGGCGUUGAGGCUCAGGUGGACUUCCGCCUGCCAGGUGCCCCUGUGGACACCCCUGGACUGUAGACAGGGCAGCUUCUGUGCCCCGGCCAGAGCAGAGGUCAGAGAGACUGGCAUGCUCCUGCUGAUCUGGGCCUGGCUUCUCAGAGAGAGAGACUCCUACUAAGUCCUGUGGAUGCUCGCCAGCCCCCUCAGCCUGUGGGCGUGUUGUCAACACUACCCAGAGGGAGGCAGAAACAGCACAACUGAAGAAAUCCCCUGACAGGGAAGCUCGUAGGAGCAGAAGAGCAGUUGGAAGAGGGGCUGUAUGUGCACAUCACUUGAGUCUUCCCGACUUUUUCUCUUUCUCUGGUUCCCUGAGCCCUUUGUUACAGAAGGGCCCUCUGCUAUCUAUUUCUUUAGCCUUCUGCUAUUUCUUUACCUCUUGAGCUAUUAGGGCAGCUUUGUAAU